AUGGAAGAUUUAGCUGCAACCCACUUUGAUGACAUCAUCUUAGGCACUGAUAAUACCUCUAGCAUUCUAGCUGCAGCACUUGCUAUAUCUGGCCACAAAGUGCUUCAUCUGGAUUCUCAAGGAUAUUAUGGGAGUAUAGAUGGCACUCUUUCCUUCAAUGAAUUUCAGAAGUUUCUGAUCAGUCCUGAAUCUCCUCCUUUCUUAAACAAACAAAUUCAUAUAUCUCCUGGACCUGAUGAAGAAUGUAACCAAUUUCCUAGACGAUUUAAUUUUGAUUUGCAGCCAAAAAUGAUUUACUCGGUUGGAGAUGUUGUAGAUUAUUUAUUAGCGUGUGGGAUUGCACAGUAUAUUGAGUUUAAGUCCGUGAAAUCUGGGAUGCUGUGGACUCAGGAUGGGUUUAGACAAGUGCCAUGCAAUAAAAGUGAAAUUUUCCAGGAUGAGAAAUUAUAGGAUUUUGCCUUAGGUUGGCUUUAAAUAAUUUCAAAAAUAUUUUUUAGGGAAAUUAAGGUAUAUUAUUAUAUAUCAGAAUAGGAUGAAUAAAAUUAUUUAUAGAGAUAAUAGAGAAAUAUAGAAUUAUUUAUGGUUUAAAACCAAAUAAAUGUUGUUGAAAAGAGAAAAUUAAUGAAAAUUGUUGAGCACUGCACAAAACUAUUAGAAGGAGAAGACUUCGACCCUAAUCAAGACUUCAAAUCGCUGCUAGAAGAAAAAGGGCUCCCUGAGAACUUGCAAAAUAUCUUAUUCUAUGCAAUUUUACUUGUUGAUGGAGACACAAGAUCUAUUACCCUUGGUGAAGCAUUAGGAAAAAUCCAAAAAUAUUCAAGCUCUUUAGGAAUUUACAAAGAAGGAUCCACUUUAUUAUAUCCAAUGUACGGCGCAGGGGACAUCUCUCAAGGAUUCUGCAGAGUUUCUGCAGUUUAUGAAGGCACCUACGUGAUCACUGAAGAAUUAAGCAUUUUUGGGCUUUUAAAAGAAGACAACAAAAUUAAAGGAAUCGCCACAACCUUAGGUGAAUUUCACGGAAACCGAGUUUUGCUUAACUCCACCUUUGCGAACGUCGAUGAGAGCCUUGUAGCAGUCCCACAAGCUGGAAUUACCAGAGGAGUAAUUCUUUCACGAGGAGUUUUCCAUGAAAAUGAUGGGCCUGUUCUCUUUUCAGUGCCUCCCCAUACCUUUGAGAACGAGUUCCCUAUUUAUAUUCUCCAAUUAUCGUCUAAUUCUUCUACAUGUCCUGAAGGCUAUUCAGUGCUUCAUCUAUAUACUAGACUGUCUAAUUAUGACGAAAACUUGCAUUCAUUCCAAAGACUUAUUGAACAAUUUCCUAUAGAGAUCGUAUUUUAUGCGACUUAUUUGCAGCAGAUUACAGAAAAUUCAGGAGAGGCUGUGCAUAUACCAAAUCCUGGGCUUGGGUUUGAGGUAAGUGAUCAUUUUGAGGCGGCAAAAAAAUUGUUUAGAGAAAUCAGAGGGGAUGAGCCAUUUUUGCCAAGUAGGCCGAAUCCUGAAGGGGAAGAGGACAAUUUCUAA